UCCUAACAGAAGAGCAUAUGUAUCCGCAGCGCCCAGCAACAGAGAAUUACAGUGUGCGUGAAGAAGUGUACCCUAACACACUCCAAUAGCAAAGCACUGCAAAUUUUGAGAGUUGAGGAAUUGGCAGUGAGAAAGAGGCAUGGCAGAAGAUAGCGAGGGUAAGAAGGAACAAAAUAUCGAGUCACAGAUUCAAACUGCUAUGCGCUCUCGCGUCUCUCACUUCAAAGAACAAUCUGAGUACUUUCUCUUUCUCUUCACCUUCUUUCUCUUCUUCUUCGUUUCAACUAUUCUUAAGUACCGUUCUUUCUGUUUUGCCUUUCAAUGCAGUUCUUUGACAUUCGAAGGGGUUCGUCGAUUGCUUGAGAAAGACUUGGGGUUGGAGGAAUACGCUUUGGAUGUGCACAAGAGAUUUAUCAAACAAUGUUUGCUCAAGUGCUUAGAAGGGGUUGGUGAUGAUGAUGCCCCAAAGAUAUCAGGGAAGGGAGGGGAAAAAGGUGCAGAUGCACAAGAAGAGGAAGAAGGACUGAAAGAGGAACACCAAUCAAAAGAUGCGAAGGAUAUUUGCCCUGAAGAUGAGGAGAAAAUGGAAGACUCUCCAGUAUUAGGUCUUCUAAAAGAACAAAAAGGAGUUAAACUUGAAACGAAAGACGAUAAAGGCAAUGGAAAGAAAGUAGUUCCAAGUGAGGCCCUAAUUAAGAAAGCUGUUAGAAAAAGAUCUUCUUACAUCAAGACUAAUGCAGAGAAAAUCACUAUGGCUGGUCUUCGUCGACUAUUGGAAGGAGAUCUUAAACUCAAUAAGUUUACUCUUGAUCCCUAUAAGAAGUUUAUAACUCAACAGCUUGAUGAGGUAUUAGCAUCUUCUGAAGUUUUGGAACCUGCAAACAAUACCAAGAAAAUUGUUAAGAAGAAACCUGAAACCAAAGUAACUAAAAAGGUCAGCAGUGAAGAGAACAGUGAUACUUCAGAUAAGGACUCUGACGAGGAAGAGAGUCAGGAAGAUGAAGUUAAACCUAAAAAAAAAAGUGUUCCGAAAGGCAAGAUGCAGACUUCUGUCAGACCCCAAAAGCGUAAAGUUGAGGAGACCAAUCUAUCAAGUAAGAAAAGGGUCAAGCCUGCUAAAGAAGUCUCAGAAGACAAUAGUGAUGCAGAAGAUAAUGGGAAAAACUCUGAAGAUGAUCAGUCUCAUUCAUCACCAGAGAAACUUUCCAAGAAGAAGGAAGUUUCAACUCCUGUGUAUGGUAAACGUGUGGAGCACUUAAAGUCUGUUAUUAAAGCAUGUGGAAUGAGUGUUCCUCCCUCAAUUUACAAAAAGGUCAAGCAAGUGUCUGAAAACAAACGGGAAGGGCAACUAAUUAAGGAGUUGGAGGACAUACUGUCUAGAGAAGGAUUGUCUUCAAAUCCAUCUGAAAAGGAAAUUAAGGAAGUAAAACGGAAGAAGGCAAGAGCCAAAGAACUUGAGGGUAUUGAUGUAAGCAAUAUUGUUUCAAGUUCACGUAGAAGGUCAACAAAUAGUUUUGCAGCUCCUCCACCUCCAAAGCCGAAGGUUCCAGUUGAAACUAGUGGCAACGGUGAAGGGAGUGAUAAUGAAAAUGCAGGUGAAGAUAAUGAUAAUGAAGAGGAUGAAGAAGAGGAUAGCAGUGAUGAUGAUGGAAGUCAGAGUGAAGAAUUUAACGAUGAUGAAGAGGACAGUGAUUGAACUCGGGCAGAUUCCACAAUAAUUAAGGCGAAUUUUUUCACAAUUAAGUUUGGUGGUGAUGUAUAAUGUAAUGUAUUGUAAUGUGUUUUCUCUUUUACUUUUGUAUCUUCUAUUUUUCCAAAUUUUUACCUGUGGAAAUGGCUAGUAGUACUUGUUGCUAAUUGCAGUAGUAUUAAUUUAGUUUCUUCCUUGGUC